AUGAACAAAUUGAGGCAGGAUAACCGUCUCAAUGAUGUAACUCUCUCGGUUGCCGGUAAGUGUUCGCCAUGCCAUGCCGUGGUACUUGCCGCAUCUAGCUCAAAGUUAAGGGACGAGCUUUUGAAAAAUGACGACCACGUCACAAGUUCCUCUAAAAGAAAACGCAUAGAACUUGAGCAAAUUGACUCGGACAGUCUCGGACAUAUAGUUCAUUAUAUGUAUUCUGGUAGGUGUUGCAAAGCCAACAAAUAUAAAAUUAUCGAGACAGCAGCUACGGUACUUGACAUCACAACCACCCGAGACGACCCAGGCUCUACGCAACAAAUGCCAGAAAACAGCGCCAACACGCGACAGACCAGUGACGAAUAUAUUAAUUCCUUUCUAACGGAACUUGGCAAAUUAAGGCAGACCGAAUCGCUAACUGACGUUGCCAUCGAAACCGAUAAUCACACAAUACCAUGCCACCGCUGCGUUCUUGCUGCGUGUAGUGAUUUCUUCCUGGCGAUGUUUUCCAGCGAACUAAGUGAGAGUAAAGCCGAAACUGUACGAUUGCGUGAAAUCGACAGCGAUAUUGUGAAAUCGCUGGUUGAAUUUGCAUAUACUGGACACUUGGAACUGAAUGGGGAAAGUGUUGAGGGUUUGUUGAUAGUUGCCAACCAACUACAAUGGAGGGAAGUGGAAGACGUGUGCGUCGAAUUCCUAGAAGAAAGGCUUGCAACGUUCAACUGCUUGGGUAUAUUUCAUUUGGCCGAGUCGCUGGGUUACAGCACACUCUCAAAAAAGGCAAAAGAAUUCGGUUAUGCCAACUUUUCAAAAGUUUGUCGCGAAGACGAAAUACUGGAAGUCGAUAUUGAGCAUCUGAUAGACCUUCUGUCUGACGACGUCAUCAUAGAUAGGGAAGAAACCGUAGUUAAUUUGAUAAUACGGUGGAUCGAGUCGAACCAAAGUAGAUACGAGGAGAUUCCAUACCAGCAGUUUGCCGAACUGAUUCACGUGGACGCAUUGUUUGCAGGUCGUAUAACAAAUGAAAAUGCGACCGUAGUAGCCAACUUGUCGCGAAUGGAAUCGCUCCAAAUCGUGGCGCCAAGACAACGCCGUAUUUAUCACCAGGUUCUCGCCUUCUUCGGGAGUUAUGAAAUGGACAAAAGACAGAGGAAUGUAGAAAUAUAUAACCCCCGAACGAAAAAAUGGAGAAUGUUAUCAGUACUUCCUAGUUCCGCGGACGCUUUUAUUUCGUCCGUUGUUCCGAUAGGUCACGAUAUAUGGGUGUCUACUUUGAAACGCAGUACGUGGAUAUAUUCGCCCGUAAAUGACGAAUGGAAAGAAGUGCGCCAACAGCCGGGGAGAGUACUAAACCUCUAUGCUGCCGUUUACCACUGCGGCCACCUUUACAUCAUUGGUGGUAGCAAUUUCCACACUAACGUUGUCAAGGCAACCGUCGAUCGCUACGACCGGGUGAAAGAUUCCUGGAAGGCUAUGGCACCACUGCUGUCAGCUGUCGGCACCAAAGCCGCGGUGACCUGGCGAUCGUACAUCUACGUCAUCGGAGGUUGGAACGGCACAGUGUACACCAAUCAGGUACAACGUUAUGACAGCCUCCGUGACACCUGGGAGUUCGUCGCACACUGCCCUGCUCGAGACACGUGUGGCAUCGGUGCCGCCACAGUGGGGGAUUUCAUCUAUGUCGUAGAGGGCGGUGACACAUUCCGCUAUGAUCCACAAGAGGAUGAAUGGUCGAAGAAGAGCAGCACAAACCACCCACGAUCCGACUUCAACCUGGUCACGUACAACGGUUACAUGUGCGUCCUUGGUGGUGUACAUCUCGGCCAACACAUACGAAGCAUUGAGCAAUACGACCACCGCUUGGAUUGCUGGAAGAUCCUCGACACUUUGGAGGAUUUUACCAUCUUCUCCUAUCCGCGUUGUGUCGCAAUUCAGCAAUCGAUUGUCCAUAGAGAUGCAUACAAGUACAGCUUAGCAUCCAACUCGAAUCAGACACAAGGACAACGCAUCGUACGCAAAUCAAGUUUUAAAAUGCCUACAGAUUCCUCCGUGUCAUCUCUUGUUUUGUCGCUAACUUAA